AUGGAGAGGUUUUUUAAACCUAAACCGAAAAGUUGUGAAUCGGGAACAAAUGUUUCUUCAGAAGCUAGUACUGGAGCACAAAAGGGAACUCGUGUUGAGUUCAGUCCAGAUGAUAUCAUUGCUGAUCCUGGAAUUCGUCAACCAAUUGAAGAAUGUGAUGUUGAUAUUAGAGAUCGAGUUCGAAGAUCAUAUUUAUUGAAAGGCCCAUGUCAACCAAUUGGAUAUGAGUUCCCCAAAAAACAACAAGGAAAAGAAAUGCGACGCUUUCAAGAAGCAUGGUUUCAAAAGUAUAAUUGGUUGGAAUAUAGUGUGGCAAAAGAUGAAGCCUAUUGUUUUUAUUAUUAUCUUUUCAGGCAGGAUAGAAGCGAAAAGGGAGCAAGUGAUAUUUUUACAAGAAAAGGGUUUUCUAAUUGGAGGAAAGCACUUAAGGCUUUUAAUCAACAUGUAGGCACAGUAAAUAGUGCACAUAAUGAUGCUAGACAACAUUGUGAAGAUUUUAAAAAUCAGAGACAAAGUGUGUCACACGUGUUAUCUUCUCAUGGGCGUCAAAUGGAGAUCGAUUAUCGUUCUCGUCUAACAGCUAUUCUAGAUGUCGUACGAAUUCUUUUGGUACAAGGUCUUGCAUUCCGUGGUCAUGAUGAGUCUUCAAGUUCUAAAAUAAUGGGAAUUUUUUGGAGAUACUCAAUUGAGACAACGUUAGCAAUUAUUAAUGAAAUUGGUGACAGUAAUUUCUCACUAAUUGUUGAUGAGUCUCGAGAUAAAUCAAUAAAGGAGCAAAUGGCAGUCAUUUUGAGGUUUGUGAACAAGCAAGGUCAGGUUGUUGAAAGAUUUCUUGCGAUUCAGCAUGUAGCCGACACUUCAGCAUUUUGUCUAAAAGUAACUUUAGAUGAAUUAUUUGCUCGUCAUGGUUUAUCAAUUUCAAAAUUAAGAGGACAAGG